GACAAGUUUUCAUUCCUCUUUCAUUUUUAUACCCAGUUAAACAGCUCAUGCCAUGAUGACGACCCAGCAAUCUUCUGCACCUCAACCUAAACGUGGAAUAGUAAAACAGAUCCUUUCGGGGGAUUCUGUUAUUAUUAGAGCAUCUUCCGGGGCACCUCCUCCAGAAAAACAAAUAAACUUUUCAGGAAUUACUGCUCCAAAACUUGCAAGAAGAGCUGCAGAUGCAAGUGAAACAACAAAGGAUGAGCCAUGGGCCUGGGAAGCUCGUGAAUUUUUACGCAAAAAACUUAUUGGUGAAGAAGUAUUUUUUACUUCUGAAAAGCCUCCAAAUGCCGUACGUGAAUAUGGCACAAUUUAUAUUGGGAAAGAUUUCAGUACUGCCGAAAAUAUCUCCGAAUCACUAAUAUCAGAAGGGCUUGUAACGGUAAGAAGGGAAGGUGUUAGACAGAGUCCGGAGUUAGCCAGAUUUAUAGAAUUGGAAGAUGCUGCGAGAGCAGCUGGCAAAGGAAAAUGGGGAACAAGUCCAUCGUCGGAACAUGUGCGUGAUAUUAAGUGGUCAGUUGAAAAUAUGAGAGCUUUUGUUGACAAGCACCAAUACAAUCCAAUUAAAGCUAUCAUAGAACAUGUUCGGGAUGGAUCUACUGUACGUGCCUUUCUGCUUCCUGACUUUUACCACGUUACAUUAAUGAUUUCAGGAAUUAGAUGCCCUGGAUUCAAACUUGAUGCUACUGGUAAGCCUGAUCCUACGAUUAAAGUGGAAUAUGCCGAAGAGGCCAGAUAUUUCGUUGAGGUUCGUCUUUUACAAAGAGAAGUCGAAAUAAUACUUGAGUCUGUAAAUAACGCUAAUUUCGUUGGAACCAUUGUCCAUCCUAAAGGAAAUAUUGCCGAAUUACUUCUGAAAGAAGGCUUUGCCAGAUGUGUUGAUUGGUCCAUUGCUUUUAUGAAAUCUGGGGCGGAUCGUUUACGAAAUGCCGAACGUCAAGCGAAAGAUUCCCAUAAGAGGCUGUGGAAAGAUUGGCAGGCUACUACUCCCAAAAUUACUGGAAAAGAAAAAGAGUUUACCGCCGCGGUGUCCGAAGUUAUCAAUGGUGACGCUCUUGUUGUAAAACAAGGCAACGGAGAAUAUAAAAAGAUAUUUCUUGCUAGCGUCAGACCACCAAAGGAAUCUGGACGUGCCAAUGACGACGAUGGAAAACCUGCCCCACGACCUAAGGGAUUCCGUCCAUUAUAUGACAUACCGUACAUGUUUGAGGCAAGGGAGUACCUGCGGAAGAAAUUGAUAGGGAAAAAAGUACAUGUUAUUAUCGAUUACAUUCAAGAAGCUAGAGACAGUUAUCCAGAAAAGAUUUGCGCUACCGUUAGCAUUAAUGGGAAAAAUGUAGCUGAAGCACUCGUUUCAAAAGGUCUUGCAACUGUGGUAAAAUAUAGACCAGAUGACGACCAACGCAGUUCAAGGUAUGACGAUCUUUUAACUGCUGAAAACAAAGCUGUUAAAUCUCAACUUGGGGUACAUUCUAAAAAGGAUAACCCCGGAUUAAGGGUUACGGAAAUUGAUGCUGCUAGAGCCAAACUUGAAUUAUCCGCUUUUCAAAGGGCCCAACGAAUGGAUGCAAUUGUGGAAUUUGUUGCUAGCGGAUCACGAUUAAGAUUGUACAUACCGAAAACAAAUAGUUUGUGUACUUUCCUAUUAGGUGGUAUUAAUUGUCCACGUGCAACCCGUCAGGCGACUGGAAAUACUCCUGCUACCGAUGGAGAACCUUAUGGAGACGAGGCCUUACUUUUUACUAAAGAACACUGCCUGCAAAAAGAAGUUUCCAUACAGGUAGAUACGCAUGACAAAGCUGGGAAUUUUAUCGGAUGGUUAUGGGUGGAUAACAUUAAUUUGUCAGUAGCUCUUGUGAAGAAUGGAUUUGCUUCGGUGCAUUUUACAGGCGAAAAAUCACAAUAUGCCUCCUUGCUUAAAAGCGCAGAGGAAUCUGCCAAAGGACAAAAAUUGAGGAUAUGGAAGGAUUUCGUUGAAGAAGAAAAGGUGGAAAAGAAAGAUGAGGAACAUGUGCCAACGGAACGCCGAGUGAACUACGAAGAAAUUAUCGUAACUGAAAUAACUCCAGAAGGCACUUUCUACGUACAGAAAAUUUCGGAAGGACCUAAGGCGGAGGCCCUUCUAGCAAAACUACGGCAAGAAUUCCAAGCUAAUCCUCCCCUUCCUGGAGCGUACACUCCCAAACGUGCAGAUGUUUGUGCAGCUAAGUUCACAGUUGACGAUGAGUGGUACAGAGUUAAAGUGGAGAAAGUUCAGGCUGGCAAAGCGACUGUCCGUUACAUUGAUUACGGCAACAGAGAAACAUUGCCUGUAGUCCGUCUAGCUAACUUGCCCGCCGCCUAUGCUAGUGAGAAACCCUUCGCCACAGAGUUUAGUUUGCCUUAUGUUUCGUUGCCUAAAGAUGAGGAAUAUGUCGCUAUGGCACUUAAGUAUUUACGAGAAGAUACUAAUGUCAAUAAAUUGCUAUUAAACGUUGAAUACACAAUUCAUGGUUCUCCGCCCGCUGCCUCACUUCAUCUUGAUAACUCUGCAGAGGGAGAUAUUAUAAAAAAUCUUAUUACAGAUGGUUUAUUGAUUGUUGAAAAUGUCAAAGGGAGGAGACAAAAUAAAUUGUUGGAAGCUUAUAAAGAAGCUCAGGACAUUGCCAAAAAGAACCAUUCAAAUAUUUGGGAGUAUGGGGACAUUACAGAAGACGAUGCAAAAGAGUUUGGCCUGGGUAAAUAAACUUUUGGAAGGGACCAGUUCAUCAGAGCAAACCUACAUUUAAGUAAGCGUAGAUAAUUUAUAAAUCAUGUUGAUUUAGAGCAGACUUCCAUUAUAAUUAUACCGUGUGAACUAGAAAUCUAUAUUUUAAUAUAUUUUUAUUCAGUACCACUAGAUCAUAACAGAAAUUAACUAACACAUUUUUUUAUAUUAUCCUAUCAAUAUAGGUAAAAUUUAUUAUAUUAUGGUGACCUGUAAUUUUUUUUUGUACUAUAUACAUACAAUGGUAUAGGUUGUUUUUAUCACAUUUUAUGUGCAUUAUAUUUUUCAAUUAAUUUUCAUAAGAACUUACGUACUCUAUUUUUGGAUAUCUCGCACGUGUGGAAUGAGUGUUAUAUCAGUCUGAGCAGUACUUUUUUUAUGUUAGAUGUUACAGUAUUGUUUCUUUAUACGGUGUGUUCCAUCAGAAUCACAUUAAAUUUACAACCCACAGUCAGGGUGUCUACGGAUUUUCAAAAUAAUUUUCCCUCAGAUCCUAAUUUGUAUAAAUUUGCCAUUUGUGGUUUCUUUCUCAUAUAUUAACCAAACUCGUAUUAAAAUUUCCUGAUUUUUCAUUGACUUUUGGGGUAAACAAAAUUUCAAAUUAAUUUCUCUUAAUUUUGCGGAUUUGUAGACAUCUUCGUAGGUUUUUUAAAUAACAUAUAUAGAAUUUAUAAAUUUGGAGAUAAUACAUAUUUUUCUUUUCAAGUUGUAAGUUUUUGGUAAAUUUAACUUACACCUAAACGUUUAUAUUUUGACAAAAAUAGAAAAGAGUAGUAUUUAAAACCUUUGCUUUCGAUAGACAUAAGCUGGUCAACAACGUUACCACAAUAGUAAAAUUUUAUUUAUUAAUUAUAUUACAUACCACUUGACUGAUCAAAUUAAUUCCAAUGCAUCCAAUUCUGGCAGAUGCUGUAUUUAUUGUUAUAUAUUAUGUACUCAUGUUACUUAGACUAUUUUUUUUUAAAGUGUGGAUAAAUGUAGGAGGAAUAGCUCUGUUCGGAAAUAAAACAAUUUAUUGUUUA